CUUUCUCUUUCUCUCUCUAUUACAAGAAGCGAAAGAGAAACACUUUCCGACUCGCUUUGUUUCUGUCGUGAGAAAAAAAAAAAGGAUUUAGAAAUUUCAAUGGGUUGUUGCCAAUCCUUGUGUUCGGAUGAACACCAGCCGCUCGGGAAAGACGGAGCUCAGCCGCCGCAAGUGACUCAAAACCACCGCGGCGGCGCUACGACGGCUGACAACGGCGGAAUCGGAGGCGGCGGAGCUGGUGGUGUAGCUGGAGGAGGAAUCCCGUCUUUCUCAGAGUUCUCUUUCUCCGACCUCAAAGCAGCUACGAACAACUUCAGCUCCGACAACAUCGUGUCGGAAAGCGGCGAGAAAGCCCCAAAUCUCGUCUACAAAGGCCGGCUUCAGAACCGCCGUUGGAUCGCCGUCAAGAAGUUCACCAAGAUGGCUUGGCCUGAUCCUAAACAAUUCGCGGAAGAAGCAUGGGGUGUUGGGAAAUUCAGACAUAACCGGUUAGCGAAUCUGAUUGGUUACUGUUGCGAUGGAGACGAGAGGCUUCUUGUUGCUGAGUUCAUGCCUAACGAUACACUCGCUAAGCAUUUGUUUCAUUGGGAGAAUCAGACGAUUGAGUGGGCUAUGAGGUUGCGAGUAGGAUAUUACAUAGCCGAAGCUUUGGAUUAUUGUAGCACCGAGGGUCGUCCUUUGUACCAUGAUUUAAAUGCUUACAGGGUUCUCUUUGAUGAGGAUGGGGAUCCUCGUCUCUCCUGUUUCGGCUUGAUGAAGAACAGUCGUGAUGGUAAAAGCUAUAGCACAAACCUUGCAUAUACACCACCUGAAUAUCUGAGAAAUGGAAGAGUGACACCUGAAAGUGUUACUUACAGCUUUGGAACUGUGCUUCUUGAUUUGCUUAGCGGAAAACACAUCCCUCCAAGCCAUGCUCUGGAUAUGAUACGAGGCAAGAAUAUUAUUCUGUUGAUGGAUUCACACCUCGAAGGAAAAUUCUCAACGGAAGAAGCUACUGUAGUUGUAGAACUCGCCUCUCAAUGCUUGCAAUAUGAGCCUCGAGAGAGACCUAAUACCAAAGAUCUUGUGGCAACACUUGCGCCAUUGCAAACUAAAUCAGAUGUAAGUGUGAAUCGAGUUAUUGAAUCUCACCGAGUUGUUAUUAUAUUCAUCUUCCAAAGUGUUAAACAAUAUGAUUUGCAGGUUCCUUCUUAUGUAAUGCUUGGAAUAAAGAAGCACGAUGAGGCACCUUCGACGCCACAGAGGCCACUUUCGCCGUUAGGUGAGGCUUGCUCGAGAAUGGAUCUCACAGCUAUUCAUCAGAUCUUGGUCAUGACACACUACAGAGACGAUGAAGGGACAAACGAGUUAUCUUUCCAAGAAUGGACUCAGCAGAUGAAAGAUAUGCUUGACGCACGCAAACGUGGUGAUCAAGCUUUUCGCGAGAAAGAUUUCAAAACCGCCAUAGACUGUUACUCACAGUUUAUCGACGUUGGAACAAUGGUGUCACCAACUGUGUUUGGACGGAGAAGUCUAUGCUACUUACUGUGCGAUCAACCAGACGCAGCACUACGCGACGCGAUGCAAGCGCAAUGCGUGUAUCCUGACUGGCCAACGGCUUUCUACAUGCAGUCUGUGGCGUUAGCGAAGCUGAACAUGAACACCGACGCAGCAGAUAUGUUGAACGAAGCUUCUCAGCUCGAAGAGAAGAGACAACGAGGAGGCGGCAAAUGAUCCUUUUGGAUUCUUGAUACACAAUGUGUGUUUACAUCAUCUUGUGAGCUUCAAAAGAUUCUUUUUAAAGAAGAAACAAAUGGUUAAAAGAACCUGUCGAUGUGAUUGUUCAUUGGGGGUGUAAUGUAGUAACCAUAGAGGGAGACAAAAAGAAAAUCAAUGUUUGUUUGUAAUGCAAUACAUGUAACUAUAUGCAUGGUCUCUAUUUUUAA